AUGAAAUUACCGACUCUCGCUCUUGUAUUCAGUGCUUUCCUUGGCUUGAGCCAGGCCACCUAUUUACCUGGAUUCAUCGUUCAAGAUAACGAUGUAGGUUCCCUAUUACAAGAUUCCACCAAAUUGAUCACCAAUUGUGGUGAUGCCAAUGAUAUCUUGACUAUCGACUAUGUCGCUCUUUCACCCGACCCACCUGUGAAAGGUGAAGAUCUGCAAAUUGACUUUAAGGGUUAUCUCUCAGAAACUGUACCCAAUGGCACUGUUGUGGAGAUUAUUGUCAAAUAUGGCGUAGUCAAGUUGAUUCAAAAGAAGUUUGAUUUUUGUGAUAAAAUUCAGGAAGUAGAUGAAAAGUGUCCCAUUCCCCAGGGUGAUUUGACCUUCAACAAAGUGGUUGCUUUACCCAAGGAAAUUCCUCCUGGAAAAUACACUGUUCAUGCCGAGAUCAUCACACCUGAAAAGAAGCGUGUCGCCUGUCUUAUUGGACAAACUAUUUUUCCUCGUAAUUAG